UGGUGGCUUCAAACUUUCCUACUGGACUUCAUUCCUGUGUGUGGGAAUGAGAGGAGGAAGAAAACUUAAUCUACAAAAGCGUCUUAAUCCCCAGUCGCAAUAAGUGUUGUUUGAACGGCGUCGUUUAUUUGACCGAUCGUGUGUAAUUUCGCGCGGAGGGAGAGUAAAUAUCGAGUUGAAGUCAUGCAGGCCAUCAAGUGUGUGGUCGUCGGGGACGGAGCUGUGGGUAAAACAUGUCUGCUGAUCAGCUACACCACCAAUGCCUUUCCUGGAGAAUACAUCCCCACAAUAUUUGAUCAUUAUUCUGCGAAUAUGAUGGUGGACGGGAAGCCAGUGAAUCUGGGUCUGUGGGAUACAGCAGGACAGGAGGAUUACGACAGGCUCCGCCCCCUGUCCUACCCUCAAACGGACGUGUUUCUCAUCUUCUUCUCGCUUGUGAGUCCUGCCUCUUUCGAGAACGUCCGUGCAAAGUGGUAUCCAGAAGUGAGACACCACUGUCCAGCCACUCCGAUCAUCCUGGUGGGAACCAAGCUUGAUCUGAGAGACGAUAAGGACACCAUCGAGAAGCUGAAGGAGAAGAAACUCACGCCCAUCACGUAUCCUCAGGGCCUGGCCAUGGCCAAAGAGAUCGGGGCGGUGAAGUACCUGGAGUGCUCGGCGCUCACACAGCGCGGGCUGAAGACGGUGUUCGACGAGGCCAUCCGGGCCGUGCUGUGCCCCCCGCCGGUCAAGAAGAGGGGCAGAAAAUGCUCACUUCUCUAGAGACUGAUGCCACCCAAACUGUGUUUCUGAAGGAGAAACGAGACCCGACUUUCAUCUCUCAACUUUUCCUCCAUCGUAAUCACCAGUACAACUUUACUCACUUCACAAAACAUUUAGUAAAACAUUGAUCCCCGUCUCCCUUAGACAAACACGUGCUAUUGGACGAGCUGUGGCCUUUGACUAACGGAUAUUAACUCUUUUUUUAAAGACGGUUAACAGUGUCCUGAAGUUGGUUCCUUCCAUUGAGAACCCAUAAUGUUUGUUUACAGUCUUUGUUUGAGAGAGAAAUGAAGAUCUUGCCAAAUAGCACUACAUUAGCAUACACCACAUUUCUUGCUUUUUAACCCCUAAAGGGCUGCAACCAUUUGGCUAACCAUUGGCUACUGUGAAGCCAGGGAUAUUGAAUGAAAGAGUUAUUUGUGAAUCGUGAGGAUCAGUAAAUGGAGGAUGAGGCGUCCGGACAGAUUUUUAUAUAUCUUCAUUAUGGGGUUAUGUGCACACUAUUUGCCAUUUGUUUUGGGGGUAUUUAAUGUAAUUUAAGGCACGAAAACACGACGCAUCACGUCACUUCCGAAUUUUAGAAAUA